CCACGAGAGAUUUGCCAACAUCACAAACGAUCAUCUUAACCCUUUCUGGCACGCCUCGUGGGACUGUCUGCUGAAAGAGGCGGCUGCAUCGCUCAGCACUGACAUGGUCAACAGAGUCUUGUUAUUUUGUUUUCCUGUCUGCCGUGGGGGUUUGACCCUGGACUAUUGGUUCUUGACAUGAUUCAACCCCUCCAUCCUGCGCGUGGUCCGAAGAACAAAUGCAUAAAAUCCUGAUGGCAGAGGUUUUGUUAGUAUUUGUUGAACCAUCUACGAUCGGCAUUGAUCUGAUCGUAGGACAGCAAAGAGGGGUUAUCCACUCAAGAUGACGACAGAUGCGGAGUCAAUGGAAGGAUGAAGGCGUUCUCGUGCAGAAAUAUGACGAAAGACCUCGUAAAGUCUGAACCAAGGGAUCCUUGUCACAAAAGAUGAGAGCAGCUGAGUGGCAUCUGAUGAAGGGGUUGUGUCCGUCUCGAGGUGCAUAUAUAGCGAGAUACGAAGCUCAGUUACCGGCACAAGAAGCUCCUCUAUUGAUCAAUUUGCUUUGGACGUUUAAAAAAAUGUAUUCAGUCACCCAUGAUUCGGAGCUGAUGGUGCAGCAGGUUGCUGCUGUUGCCGUCCCAAAUUCCUCUUUCUUUUCGACAGUGAGCGAUGAGAACGGUCAUCCAAUGGUCUUCUCCAUUGGCAAUGAUAAGAAGUUUUACAUUUUCAAAGAAGCAACUGAGGGUCACUACCUGCUUUCUGACUUUGGAUUGUUGCUCGGAUUUAACGAGAACUACAUUGCCCAUGCCCUAAGUGUAUCGCAGGAUGCUAGCCUGAAUCUUUUUGUUAUCCUUGCCAUUGAGGACUCAAAUGCGUCCUCUUCAGAUGAUCGGAAACCAAGCCUUCCCUACGUUCUAAAACCCUUCAGCCCAGCAAAUUAUGAUCUCCUGGAUCCCGCGAACUCGGAUUUGCGCCAGCUGAUUCUACCACAGAAAGGCGACGAUUCUGGCUUGCGAAUCUCCACAAUUUUUACAAUUGGAUCGACUGGAGGCGACUCCUAUCCGCCAGUCUUAGUAGCCUACCAACCUCUAGAAUAUAUCAACAAAAAGGAAGACCUGUCAAGGGUCUCCGUGAGCAGUGAUUUAUCCAGCUGGACUCUUACGUAUGACGUUGAUCUUCCCGAAGACGCGUCCAAAAUCCUGGCUUUGCAGCCACUCGUCGUUCCGUAUGGAGACGAACCAAUGACUGGGCUGGCAGCUCUCUAUAUAUUGCAAGACGCUCCACAGUUAAUCUUUAUGUCCAAUGAUGGCAAAUAUCAGGUCGCACUUCAGUGCCCCGAAGAUGCUCGAAGUCUUGCCGCGGUUACAAAUGCUGAAAACUUUAGUGACCUUCUCGUUGGCGGUGUCGGAUUGCGUCAUUUUAAGGCAAUUGAAUGUCUUCGAAAGAAUUCUGCCGGUACCGAGAUCAGUGCAGAAGGGGUGUUCGCCUCUAUCCAGGAGUUAUAUGUUGCUCAAUCGUCUUCUGGUGUCACUGUUUGGGCGGCAGACAUCCGGCAGAGCGUGGGCUAUCUGACCGCCAGCACGGAUUUUAUGGACGUCGGGUCUCCCAUGCCAGUGAUACCUAGGCAGCAAGGAGGGAUGUUUUCCGUAUUCAAGUCUGCCACGGACGGUUACGAGCAACUUCUUGUUUCCGACAAUGCUGGUGCCCUUUCAUUGAUCCGGCAUGAUCCUGUCUUGGGACUCUGGAAAGCCAUACCAUUCUACACUCCGGCUCUGGAAAAAGUCUUUGACAUUCGGUGUUACACUACUCAGAUUACAGUUUUCAAUGCAGAAGGGAAGCCUCAAAUCGACUCACAGGUUCUUCUCAAGAGUUCGGGAUAUGUUGAUAUCCUCGUAAAUGGCCUGUCUGUUCAGGCAAAUCCAUCUGGGGUUCCAUUAUUCACUGAUCAGGACGGAUUAUUGACGCUCGUUGUUCCAACUGAUGGUAUAUCUAGUAACUCCUUUACUAUUGCCACGAAGGAUGAUGCAAGCGACGCGGAAGGCGCACUUCCUAUUGAUCCAACGGCAAAGGUUUAUGAUGCUUUGUCGAAGAUCCAGACCGGGGACGAUCUCAAAAACGCCAAAACGCAGUUGGGUCAGCCGCUGCUCCAAAAGGAGCUGAGCGACAAUGACAUUGAUCAGGCAGCGAAAGCUAUUGGCGUUGCGAUCAGCGCCCGAGACUCUCUACUGGUGAAGAAUGGUCUGAUCAAGAAGUCAAAAGCAGCUGCUCUUCACAACAACGUUCGUUUCGGACAUAACCUGGAAAAGCUGGAGGGAAGCCCGAGGGGAAUCUGGGAUCUGCCCUCUAGUGCUUGGCAUUGGUUCUGUGGCCUCCUUGAUGAUAUUUGGUCAUGGGCUAUAGAGUUUGCAGACGGCGCCUAUUCUUUCUUAGCGCGGAUUGGAGACGUAGUAUACCGCUGGACCUUGAACACGCUGGAGAUGAUCGGCAAUGCCCUAACAUGGGUUUUUGAGAAAAUCCUCGAGAUAGUAGAAACAAUCAUUGAGUGGAUCGGGUUCAUUUUCGACUGGAAAGACAUACAAGCGACCCAUCGGUCAAUCGUCUCUCUGACCAAUGGUGCCCUCGAUACGUGGGCAGAGAAGGCCAACCUCGCAUCUGAUGCGAUUGAGGCGUACUUUGACGGGCUCGCGGACGUUCUUCAGAAUGUAAACAGCAAUUCCCUUCCGGAAAAGCUGGGUUCUGCGCCAGCCGAUAAUGAGGUGGUAGAGGCGAGCCGGUCAGAGAAUGCGGCUAUGGAUUCAACCAAAGUGAAGUGGUCCCAAUAUCAGUGUACGCAUGGCGGUGCGUUCAAAGGCGCCGUCAUACAUGACACACGCAGUGCGAAGGCCGGGGGCACGCCAUUCGAAGAGUUCUGGUCAGAUGUCCUCUCUCCUCUCAUCGGCACAUUCGAGGAUGUGUCCUCUGACAUUGGGAUGUCCAUCUUUGAGAUAUUUAAUCCGGCAGAUUCAAUCUCGCCAAAACAAGCGCUUUCAAAGCUCGGAACAAACGUACUACUCGAUCUUCUCGAUGGGAUCAAGAAGAUUGGUAGUGGUCUUGCCAAGCUGGGAUCUUCACUCCUGGAAGACUUCAAAUCGGCAUUGAACUACAAGAUCACCAUUCCAAUUUUUUCCACUUUAUACAAGAAAUUUAUUUCGGGAGGAUCGGACCUCACAGUUUUAGAUGGUCUGGCUCUGAUCCUGGCCAUUCCAGUCACUAUCGCAACAAAGCUCAUCACUGGUGAGAAGCCGCCGGACAUGACAAUCAUUGACUAUUCCGACUUGGUCUACGGCGUCGUUUCCAAGGACGUAACGAUGCAGUUUAAUCGAUUCGCCAAUGUCACCACACUAUCUUGUCGACCAAUCAUUUCUGCCAUUGAGCUGGUUGAGUCCGUUUUCGGGCUUCAUUUCCGGUUCGAGACCGGCACGGCCAAGCAAUUGGCCAGGCUUCCUCGCCAGCAUCCUCAGGGGCGUCAGCUGAAAGGCGCUGCAGAUCUUGCAAAGAAAUAUUGGCAGGACAUGUUCGCCGUUGUGGCAACAUUAUCGACCAUUCCACGCAACCCAGAUCUGCCGGCUUAUGGUGUACGAUGGGGAAGCUGGGCGGUGUCGGCGCUCAAUCGAGCAACGUCCAUGGCUAUUCGCCGAGUCGAUUCGGCCAGUUCGGUGGUGCUAAAGAGAUGGCUAGGUGUCCAAAAGGUGGUGCUAGGGGCGGUUAAUUACGGCCUUAUCAUUUCCAUCAAGGUCGAAGAAUUUGAGAACGUAUUUCCCGAUAAAGUUGAAGCCUUGAUUGUACUGGAUUGCGUAUCCGGCACAUUUGAUCUUGUCGGUUGUACGUGCGAUGGGGCCGCGCAAUUUGAUCCCGAUCCAGAUACUGCUGCAGCGCUUGGUCUUGCCUCAACUGUAACGACAGUCUUCUCUGUUGUUGUGAGUGGAUCAACAUACGUAACUCGAGCCGCGGAAGGGCAGUACAACGAUAUGAUUCCUUUCAUAUGAGUCGAGUUUAUGCAAUCAACGUUUCCAAUUUUUAUAAUAUUUUCGGUUCUUUCCGUCAAGAGAUUAGGUGACGGUUCGAUGUCUCAGUCGAUGUCGCAAAUUAAGCACCGGAGAGCUCAUAAGCGCCAAGCCCUAUGUUCAAAAUUAUGUUAAAACUGCCAAUGAAUCUAUCCCUAACUUGUAUGAUUGGUUGGUUGCAAUGAGAUCUCAAUUCGCGCA